CUCUUUGGUGAUUUGUUUUGCUUGGAAGUGACUUCCUUGGCACUCAGAGUGGCAUUUUGAGCUGCAGUGAUGGCAUUUACUCAAUAAUUUAUAAGGUUUAAAGACGUUUUUUGUAGGAAUAACCUAGCUUGAUUGAAAAACAAAACAAAACUCAAGAGCCCUGAGAACAUCAACAGGAUACACCUGCAACCUUGGAGGUGUGAAUUCCACAGAGGUCUAUGUUUGAGCGAGGAAGACGGAGAUGGAGGUGACGAGGCGAAGAGACUCCAGUGGCCAAUUCUCUGACAACUCUGACCAUGACUGUGAGGAGAGCGGCCCAAAGUGUAACGAAUGUGGGAAGAACAGGGCAUUAAUGGCGAGAUACUCAGAAGGCUAUGGUACUGAAGAGGAGUGCGUCCAGUCCGAUCCUCAGCGAGAAAGUGAUGCUGAUGCAGACAUUGAGGAUGCAGAUAGCAGACUACAGGUUGUGGGCUCUCUUCAGCGAGUCAGCUCUAGAAAGCGAAGGCGGCAGAAAAUAGCCCGACAGGACACCACAGAGAGCGAGGAUGAUGGGGGGCAGAGCCACAGGAGCCACCGCUGGAGUCUUAGAUUGAGUCCCCAUCGCACACCUGACAAACCAAUACUAGAGGAGAGUGUAUCUCAGGUAAGGCCGCUGGUGAUUUGUCAUUGUAACACAGCAGAUACUCCAGCUGCCCCAGACAACCAGUCCCAAAUAGUGAAACGGUCACCGAGUUUAUGGCCUUUUUCUCUCUCUUUACCUCUUUUUUUUCUCCUUAUAAUCCUUCCUAUCUCUCUAUCCGUUCUUAUUGUGUUCUUUUCAUUCCUUUUUCCACUUAUUUACACCUGACUCUCUGCAACCGAUACCUCAUGUGAUCAUUUUCUUGAAAUUGUAUGUUGUUUAGUGUGUUCAGUAUUAGAAGCACAAGAGUUUAACUUCAACUGCAAACUGGCACAAUAGUAUCUGGUACGUUAGGUAGGUGAUGUUUGUUUAAUUAGUUAUUUAUGUAAAGUGGGAAAUUUUACAAUUCGUGAACCAUUCCUUUGAGGAAGCACAUGUUUUAUCAGAUA